CGUUUCAUUGUGCCAUGCAAACUCAAAAUGAUCUUAAUCUGUGACGUUCAUGCUUUCAUUUUUGAUCAGGCAGCGCAAAGUUUGAACAAGGAAGCAACAGCGAGCCUGGACUCUGAGUCGUGUCACCUGAAACAAAGCGGAUGUGCCGGAGGAAAAAAGCGCUAAGAUGAAGCUGUGGACGAGCAGAAGUUUAUUAUUGAGGAUAAUGCCAAGCACAAAUGGUUCCUCGCUCUGUCAUCUGGGAGUAAUGUUGGCACUUGUAGGUGUUGUUUUUUUGACCGUCAUGUUUUCCUGGUUCUCGCUUUCAAAUUGUCUGAAGCAAUAUUCUACCAACAGCCUGAACUUAUUUUCUAAUGCGGACAAACCUAUCCUUCUGCUGUGGGUUUGGCCUGAAAAUUACGUGUUUGAAUUUAGCGACUGCAAAAAGUUUUACAAUAUUGAUAAUUGUCAGCUGACGGAUGAUCGAUCGCUCUACAACAAUUCAGACGCCGUCAUAGUUUAUCAUAGGAACAUCAGCUGGGAUCUGUCCAACCUUCCUCCAUCUCCUCGUCCUCCUUUCCAGAAGUGGAUUUGGCUGCAUUUAGAAUCACCGACCAACACUAAAAUAAUACCCGGUCUGGAAAACCUGUUCAACCACACUCUCAGCUACAGACAAGAUGCUGAUAUUCCAGUACGGAUGAGAUUGAAAACCAGGAAGAAACCAGCUGAUGACUUUGUCAUUCCCAAAAAGGACAAACUAGUUUGUUGGAUUGUGAGUAACAAUUCUCCAUUAACAGGUGUCAGCGCAAGGAACAGGAUUUAUCGGGAAUUAAGCCGAUACAUCCAUGUACAUCUUUUCGGGAAGGCAUAUUCAACAUAUCUGGAUUAUAAGGACUACUAUCCUACCCUCUCUAGCUGCAAAUUUUACCUCUCCUUUGAGAACUCCAUCCACAAGGACUACAUCACUGAGAAGAUCAAUGGUCCUCUUGCUGCAGGAACUGUUCCUGUGGUUUUGGGUCCUCCAAGAAAGAACUAUGAAAACUUUAUUCCUGGAGACGCCUUUAUUCAUGUGAAUGACUUCCUAAGUGUCAGGUCUCUAGCACGAUAUUUGUAUAUGCUACAUAAAAAUGACAUUGCAUAUCGCAGGUACUUUAACUGGAGGAAACGUCUCACUCCAACUCCUCAUUUAAUAGAGCAGACCCAAGAGUUCAUUCUGCCUAUAUGCACUGCCUGUGAUUAUAUAGCACGACACAGGGAAUAUAAAGAAGCUCAUGAUCUCUAUGACUGGUAUUUCAACUGAAGUCAAUGAAAAGGUAUUAGGGUAUGUUUUAAAAAGAGAAACAAAAUGUGUAAGUGUUUUUAAAACAUCAUAUUUAAUAUAAUAUGUUAUACAUACCACAUCUUUGUGGUUAUUUAUGAAAUUUACUUGCAUUUUUGAGUUGUUAUGGUGUAUAAUUUAAUCUGCAAGUCCAUUUACUGUUGGGCUAUUGAGGUAUUUUAAUAUAUAUUUCAGUCUGUUGUUGUUGUUGUUGUUGGUUUAUUCAUUCAUUUUCCUUCGGCUUAGUCCCUUAUUUAUCAGGGACUGCCACAGCGGAAUAAACCGCCAACUAUUCCAGCAAAUGUUUUAUGCAGCAGAUGCCUUUCCAGAUGCAACC